CUCUGUAGAACCCGUCAGUCAAAAUCCCUAGAACCCAGUCGCAACUUCCUCCAUCUUCCGAGUAGCCCUAGCUAAAAAUAUAAAAAUUAUUUCAGUAUUUUGUAUCCAAUAUAUCUCCCUUUAAAUGCCCAAACUUGGAUCGGUCACAUAAAUAAUCUCACCGUGGAACCCUUGCUAAAACCCACUCAACAAUCAAAAUGUCGCUCUUUUGCCACCUACUCCGGCGACGGCCUACCAAUCUCGCCGUCACCCGCCACUUCUCUACCAACACCAACGUCACAUCGGAAUCUCCAUCAUCCCGUCGUAACCACCACGAAUUUCUUCCCCCGAGCUCUUACAUAAACUCUUGGAAACCUCCGCGUAACCCUAAGGAGGCCGCCGCGCAGCUGGCCUUCCUCCGCCGCGAUUACGAUCGGAAGUUCAAGCAAAUCCGGAAGGGUUACAUUCAGGAAAUGGAAUUGCAGAGGAUCGAGAAACUGCGAAGGGACGAGGCGAGAAAGGAAGCCCUGAGGAUUGCUAACGAGGAGAGGAAGGCCGCCAAAGCCGCCAAGAAGAAGGCGGAGGCUAUCGAGAGGCAGGCUGCUGAGGAAGAGUUCCGCGAGAUGCUGAUGAAAGAAAGAGGUGAGAAACUCGAGUAUUGGAGGAUGAGAGAGAAAACAGUUGAGGAAAAGAAGAAAGAGAGGAGUGAGCUUUUGCGUAGAAAGAGUUCAUUGUGGGUCGAUGAGUCCGAGCUGGAGAAGAAGAUAUUUGAGGCUGUGGUUGAUGAUAUCCCGCUUGGGCGUGUACGACUGCAAAGGUGAUUAUCCUGAGCUUAAUUCUUGGUUCUAUUGAUUCCAAGCUUGUGUGGAGUUGGAUAUAUGUAGUUGUCAUGUGAUUGAUUUUUCUCUAUACACUUAUGAGUUGGCAAUCUCCUCUUCGGUUUUCUGUAUUUGGGUUUAUCUGUUUGCUGCUAUAGCUAGAAAAUAACAAGAGACUUUCAAAGCCUUGCAUCUUUUCCUUAUCUGUUAGGGCAUUUGUUACAUUAUGUACCCUUUUUGUCAUUUUUCUUGAUAUGGGUAUUCUUGAUUUUCAUAUUAUGAGUACGAUAAUUUCAGGUUAUGAUUACAUUGUUGCUACACAAUGCAACUUCUUGUUGCUUUCACUCAUAAGCAAAUGCUCAAGCUCGAAGAAUUUAGAAUUAAAUAAAAAAAACCCAAAUUGCAAAUCAUAUUGUUGGAGAAGGUCUUCAUUUAGAAUUAGUAAAACUAUUUUUGAAAUUUUUUAAGGUCACGAGGAGGUAUUGUAUUAAAAUUUUAAAAAGUCUUAUGACACAUUUGAUUUUAUUUAAUUUACUACGACUUUUGAAGACUUGUUUUAGAUUUCAAACAUAAUACAUACCAAAUUCCACCAGGCCACCACAAACUCGCAAGUUGUUGAUGCUGCUGUUGUUAAUUUUUUUUAUGAGAUGAGGAUCACAC